ACACAAUUAGAAGUAUCACGGUUGCUGAGUAAAGCCAGUUGUAUUCCAGUCGAUGACGGUGUGUGUGAGAUUCCCCUUCAGACAGCUGUUUGUUAUGGUCCAGCUAAUGCGAGGAGCUUGACUUUUAAUCCCUCUGAAUUUAUGAUGAAUGGAAUGACAGCAGAGGACUACAAAGAAACUUACUGGCCAAGGCUGGAAAAAGCAGUUGAACAGCUGCUGACUCAAAGCCCAGUGAAAUACAGUUCUAUCUCCUAUGAGCAGAUUUACAGUCAUGUUUAUAAGUGUGUGUGCCAGCAAUACUCCGAACAUCUCUACAGGGACCUGCUAUGGAAGAUUACAGCUCACUUACAGCAAGUGUGCUUAGAGUUGCAAGACAGCCAACCUGAAAGUUUUGUUGAAAACUUCAAUCAAGCUUUCACUCAGUACAUGGCUGCAAUCCAGUGCAUCAUUCCUGUGUUUUUUUAUAUGAACAAGUUCUACAUUGAAAUUAAGCUGCACAGAGACUUGAAGGAUGACCUCAUGGACCUUUUCUCAGCUCAGGUUGCAGAGAAACAUAUUAGUAUGUUAAUAUCUCUUCUUAAGAAAGCUGAUUCCAUGUCAUUUCAAGUUAAACCAUCAACCAUGGCAAGUGUGGUAAAGGGCCUUUAUGAUCUGCAACCAGACUGGGCUCAGCUAGCUCCUGCAUUGUUUUCUAGAUUUAUUCCCCAGAUUCACCCUCCUGUUUUGGAGUCUGAUCUGCUGCGGUAUGCAGCUGAAGACCAGAAAUUGCAAAUGGAGCUUUCACUAAAUGGUUUUGCCAGGUGUAACCACUCACGUAAAAGACCAAGUGAAGAAUCCUGAAAAUCCUGCUGGAAAACAUGAAAUGAAGAAAGGCAAAGAAGAAAGUGCCCUUACAGUGGGGCUAUGUAUUAACUGAAAAUAAUUUACUAAGUUAAGUAAAUGAAGGGGUUAAAGGCCUUGCUAAAGGUAACAGUUUGGCUGGGCUGGAGCUUGAACACUGAGCCCUUGAUCUGUUCUGAUCAGCAACCUGAGCUAAAGACCAGACAGACAGACAGACA